AUGUAAAAGAAGUGGAUUUCUGCAAGUUGUCGGGGUUUAAACGGACAAACAAUGAGAGUUGUAAUAGGUGGAGGCACGGGGUUUGUGGGACGUGAACUGACACGUUUGUUAAAAAGCAAAGGUCAUGAAAUUACACUUAUAUCCAGGCAACCCGGUCCAGGAAAAAUAACAUGGAGCGAUGUAGAGUCCAGAGGCCUCCCACCGUGUGAGGGUGCUGUAAAUCUAGCUGGGGAGAAUAUUAUGAACCCUCUGAGAUGGUGGAAUGAGAGUUACAAAAAUGAUCUGUUCUCCAGCCGAGUAAACACAACCAGAAUUCUCACCCAUGCCAUUGCUGCAUCACCUGCUCCACCACAGUCAUGGGUUCUCGUCACUGGAGUAGCGUGUUAUAAACCUAGUCUUCAAACCCAUUACACUGAGGAGAGCAAAUGGACUCCGUUUGACUUCCUGUCUGGACUGGUGAAAGAGUGGGAAGGUGCAGGACAACUUCCUGAAGAAAGUGCCAAGAAAACAAGACAAGUGAUCGUCAGACCAGUGUUAGGGCGUGAUGGUGGUGCCAUGAAACAGAUGUUGAUUCCCUUCUGGCUUGGUCUGGGUGGGACGCUUGGCUCAGGACGACAGCCCUUCCCGUGGAUCCAUGUUUCAGACCUGGCUGGCAUCAUUGCCCAUGCCUUAGAGCCCCGAGAGGAUCCACCUUCAACAGAGCCAGAUGUUUUUAAUGGAGUCGCGCCUGCAUUGAAUACCAAUUUUGAAUUCACUAAAGAAUUGGGGAGGGUUUUGAAAAGACCUACUAUCUUCCCUGUGCCUGGCUUUUUCUUGGAUGUCUGCCUGGGUUCAGAGCGAGCCGUUAUCCUCACACAGGGACAGAAAGUGCUGCCCAAGAAGACUCUUGACUCUGGCUUUGAGUUUCAGUACCCAGAUCUUACUUCUGCUUUAAAGGAAAUCGCUGGAUCCCAGUGAUCAAUCUAUAACUGUACAGGAUCGGGAAUCUUUUAUGUAUACAAGUGUGAUAUACUUCUUAAAAUGUUAAAUUAAGAAUAUAAAUAAACUAAAACUUGCUUGUACAUAAAAAGAUAAAAACAUUUAAUUCAUUCAUUCAUUUUUUUUUUGACAUAGUCCCUUAUUUAUCAGGGGUUGACACAGUGAAAUGAACCGUCAAUAAUUCUAGCAUAUGCUUUACGCAGCAGAUGCCCUUUCAGCCACAACCCAUUACUGGAAAACACCCAUACACACUCAUUUACAUACACACUUAUACACUACAGCCAAUUUUGUUUAUCUAAUUCACUUAUAGUGCAUGUCUUUGGACUGAGGGAGCAGCUGGAGGAAACCCAAACAUUCAAGGGGAGAACUCCACACAGAAAUGCCAACUGGCCCAGCUGAGGCUCAAACCAGCGACCUUCUUACUCCGAGGCGACAGUGCUAACCACUGUGCCGUGCCACUUUGAACAAAAUGAGUACUGUAUUUGUAAAUAAAGUCAUUAUGUAAAAAGUCCAGCUUUGGUGUCUCUGAUUAUAUAUACCAUUAUUAGAUAAUCUAAAAUAUGUGUUGUCUGAAUAAAGUGGC